AUGAAAAUUUAUUAUGUUAGACAUGGACAAUCUAUGAAUAAUGUUAUUAAUGAUCUUACAGAUUAAGAAUAUGAAAAUCUUCGUUAAUUAGAUCCAUAAAUCUCUGAAUAAGGUAUAAAAUAGGUUAAAUUAUUGACUGAUUAUCUUAAAUCAAGAAAAAUUGAGUUUGAAGAAAUUAGAUGUUCACCUUAAUAAAGAGCAAUUUAAACAGCAUAAUUAAUUAAUGAAGUAUAUAAGGUUCCUGUUAAAAUAUAAUAAAAUUUACAUGAAAAAGGUGGUAAUUAACUUUAAAAUAAAGGUAUUCCUGGAUUAACAAGAAAGUAAAUAUUUAGAAUAUUAAUAGAGAGUUUUAAAAUAAAUAUCCAGAGUUUGAAAUAGAUGAAAUAAUUCAAGAUGCAGGAUGGUAUUUUUAAGAUAAAAGAGAAACUGAUGAAGAAUGCAGAUAAAGGGCAGAAAAAGUAAUUCAAGAUUUGCAUAAUGAAAAAAAAAAGUCUAUAUUAAUAAUUGGACAUGGAAAUUUUAUGGAUAUGGUAAUGGGCACUGUUUGUGGAAGAGCAUAAAACUCAAAAUAUUUUUAUUAUCAUUAAAAUUGUGGAAUUACAUUACUUAAAAAUGAUGGUUAUGGAUUUGAAAUUGAUUUUUAUAAUGAUUAUUCCUUUCUCGAGAUGCAUUACCUUAAAACAGGGGAAGACUUAAUUUUAAAAAGACUUGCAAAUUAUAAAGGAAAAAUUUGAA